UUUAUAAUGUCUUAGAACUGUCAAAUAAUGGAAACAGCUGCUAUUUUUGACAGUUUCUUUCUGUAUCAAUCAAUUGUAUUUUUCUCGAAAAUGGAAACAUGAAAUUGGAAAUAUCCAUCUACAAUAGUUUAGUUAGUGCUAUUUGUUUGUAAAUAAUUUAUCAACGAUUCAUCUAAAAGUCGAUUUAGAAGAGCAAACAAGCAGUGUCAUUUGUAAACCUCGGGUUUAUUUCUUUCACAAAUAUGUAUGUUGAAAAACAGUUUUCAUGGAUUAUUUUACUCUUUUUGGUGGGAUUCACGUAUGGAGAUAUUGCAUCGACGCAAUUAACAGACGAUACAUCUCAGACAAAGCCUAAGGAUGUUGCUUGGGAUAGCAAUGUUUCUGGUGAAAGACUGUCAAGGUCAAAAAGGCUAAGCGAUAGUAAUUCUAGCGAACCAAAUUCAAUGACCGAAAGCUCAAAUUCUUCCUCUUCCUCUACAUCUACAUCUACAACUGAAAGCUCCCAUAUUGUCUAUGAAGUCGGACCAUCAGAUUCUUCAAUAUUAGCAGUUGUUCAAGUGAAUGCAUCGUCAUCAUCAGCAACACCGAAUGCGUCAAUGCCUAGUCCCUCUGAUGCCGCGCCUUUGCCUGAAAAAAGUUCAGCAGAAGAUGAGCACAACAGUUCUAUGUCUAUAUUUUUUGUGCUGUGCAUACUUGCCCUGGGAAUACUACUGAUUCAUCUCAUGUUGCAAACUGGAUUCUCAUAUCUACCAGAAAGUGUUGUUAUAGUAUUUCUAGGUGCACUUAUUGGUAUGAUUAUUAAUCUUAUGUCCAUUAAAAAUAUAGCAAAUUGGAGGAAAGAAGAAGCAUUUUCCCCUACAGCAUUUUUCUUGGUAUUGUUACCACCUAUUAUUUUUGAAUCUGGCUAUAAUCUUCAUAAGGGUAAUUUCUUUCAAAAUAUUGGAUCAAUAUUAUUAUUUGCUAUAGUUGGCACAGCAAUAUCAGCAUUUGUGAUUGGAGCUGGAAUAUAUUUACUGGGCCUGGCACAAGUUGUGUACAAAUUAAGUUUUGUGGAAUCAUUUGCUUUUGGGUCUUUAAUAUCAGCCGUAGACCCUGUCGCUACCGUGGCCAUUUUCCAUGCUCUGGAUGUUGACCCUGUCCUGAACAUGUUAGUGUUUGGUGAGAGUAUUCUUAAUGAUGCUGUGGCUAUUGUCCUGACCACUGCAGUGUUAGGUUCCAAUGAUCCCAUUAUGUCAACAGGAGAAGCUAUUUUAUCAGCUAUUAAUAGAUUUUGGCUAAUGUUUUUUGCAUCUGCUGGGAUUGGAGUUCUGUUUGCUCUUGUCAGUGCUCUUUUACUGAAACAUGUUGACUUACGGAAAAAUCCUUCACUGGAAUUUGGAAUGAUGUUAGUUUUUACAUAUGCCCCGUAUGUUCUAGCUGAGGGCAUUCACUUAUCAGGCAUAAUGGCAAUAUUGUUUUGUGGGAUUGUAAUGUCUCAUUACACUCAUUUCAACUUAUCAACAGUUACUCAAGUUACUAUGCAACAAACAAUGAGAACCUUGGCCUUUAUUGCUGAAACUUGUGUUUUUGCAUAUUUGGGACUGGCUAUUUUCAGUUUUAAACAUCGUGUAGAACCGGCACUUGUUGUAUGGAGCAUAGUGAUGUGUCUUCUCGGGAGAGCUGCCAAUAUCUUUCCUCUUGCAUUGUUAUGCAAUAAAUUCCGAGAGCAUAAAAUUACCAAAAAAAUGAUGUUCAUAAUGUGGUUUAGUGGUUUAAGGGGAGCUAUUUCCUAUGCAUUGUCUCUGCACCUGGGAUUUUCAGAUGAAACUAGACAUGUGAUUAUAACAACCACUCUCAUUAUAGUUCUGUUUACUACCUUAUUUUUUGGGGGAUCUACCAUGCCUUUACUGAAUUUCUUACAGGCAAACAAAAAAUCUAAGAAGUCACGAUCACUGCGCAAACAGAAAGAAGUCAGUUUGUCGAAAACUAAGGAAUGGGGACAAGCUAUUGAUUCUGAACAUUUGUCAGAGAUAACUGAGGAAGAACUAGAGGUAAAUUAUUCUCAUGCAACGAGAAUAAAAGGCUUUGUGAAAUUGGAUAUGAAGUAUUUAACUCCUUUCUUCACCAGACGAUUUACGCAUCAGGAAUUAAAGGACUGUAAGAGCCAAAUGACCGACCUUACAAACCAAUGGUAUCAAGCUAUAAGGAUAACAAACGAUCGCGAGACAGAUGAGGAAGAAAGCCUGCAACCAAGUUCACUAUCAAAUUCGCGUAGUAGCUUACAAAGAGGUGUAUAGCUUAUGUAAGUAGGUCAUAGCUAACGUAAAGUGAAACGUUAAACGUAACUAUUACAAUAUAUUCAUUGUUUAUGUAUUUAAAUUGAAUGAGCAGGGUGGAGUCAGCAACAAGGAAAUAAAUGUAAAUACCUUUAUAAACGUUCGGGCGAGGAAAUUAAAAAAAAAGUGAUCUUUGGACGAAAAGUUAAUGGGUUAAAGAUCCUGUUGGUGAGUAGUUCGUAGUUCAUUGAUCAAUCGAUUGUUGGUGAACGGUUUCACAAUCGAAUAAUAUUCAAUCUAUAAAAUUAAGAUGACACGCUUUUAUGACACAUGCCUUAUACAAAAAGGUCUUAUAUUCAUUGAUUAGUAUCUGAAAGAUAUUUCCAGAACCACAUUUUGGAAUAAAAUAUUAAAAAUUGUAGCCUAAGCUUCGUAUUGGUGGUAUUGUAUUGUACGAUGAAUUAGCUUGGAUGUGACAUUACAAUAUAAUAUACAGGCGACAGUCCAUAUAAGAUAAACAAUGCGGCGUCUUACGUAAUUGCAAGAGCUACUUUUCUACAAAAUGUAUAGAAUAAUGUGCUGUCGACUGUACCUAUGUAUUACGAACCUUAACUUCGAAGUCCUCCUAUGUUCUUUUGUUCCAAUGUCAGCUUAACUUUCCCCCGGGACAAACUUGACCUUCACUGGUUGUAGAUCCUGGCUACACAGGAGUUCCAAUGGUGGGAUCGAACGAGAGGUGGGAAUAGUCCUGCGUACCUACCUACCUAAUAUGUAUAGGUACAUAAUUACAUUUAUUGUCUCGUGGCUAUCUCCACCCUGUUUGACUUGCGAAUUCUUGUCAUUCCUGGACUAAAAACUUUAUUAUCCUUGUAAAAUUGUGUUUUAUUUACUUUAAAUGUAUAAUAAAUUAUACAAAAUAUUCUUGAUUUUAGUCAAAGGAAAUGUGAUAAUAAGUAAUUUCAUUGUUAUUAAGUAUAUUAUUACCGACAUUUUGGUUGUUUAAUGCCAAAGUACCUGCUGUUCUAAAAGAUGCUAUACUUACAUAAUACAGGAUGUCUGUCUAGUAAUAAUGAGGCCGCUAACUAACAGUCAGACAAACUGUUUUUUUUUUAAUUGAUAACAAAGAAUUAAGCUAUUCUACUGAAUUCAAAAUGAACAAUAAAAUAUAAUCUAGAAGAUUAACAAAAUGCAAUAGAAAUGGUAUUAUUUUAUAUAGUUUUUAGACACCUGUAUGGUUUAGGUUGUGUGAUGUAGCUAAAAUAAACACAUUUAUAUGCAAUCGAUAUUUGUACUUAAGUUUGAUAACUUUAUUAUUAUAGUCACUUAAUCAAACUUGUAACUACUUAAAUGUUUUAUGUACGUAUGUAAUAGUUCUUAAUAAUAAGUUCCUAUUUUAAUUUUAUUGUCAAAUAUUUUUAUUUUAUUAAAAUACAAUUUUUAAAUUUCUUACUAAGUAUUAGUUUUAUGUAACGAGUGCAGUAUCCAGUUUUAUUGUUAAUCGUAAAAUUAUUAAAUAAAAAUUUAUCUUAUUUAUUUUAAUUUUUUUAUGGUUAGUUUUAGCGUGUAGCAAUCCUAUUAUGCUCUUAAAUUACGUGUUUAACAUGUUACAUAAAUAUGAAACUACUUUUUAAUAGCAUUAAUUGUAAUUUAUUAUAUAAUUGAUUAUUCCACUUUUACCUAUUCUAUUCAUUGCCCAUUCAUUAGAUUUAAUGGAACAAAUUGAAUAAGUGGGUAAAAGUACUAAAACAAGCGUGUGAUUAAUUUGCCUAUUGCUGGUACCUAUUUUAUUUUUAAUCUAAUGCGCGAGCCAAUGGAAUUUUUCGAGGCGCAAAAGUGGAAUAAAUUCCAAUUCUUCCAUUUUUAUUGUUUGAUUAUUUUACGUAAAUUAAUUAGUUUGAGUUUUCUCCAGAAGCCAAGUCUUGGUCUGGACAAUUUGACAUUUUAUUUUAUUGACACAACUACAACAUAUUGUGGUGUUAGCAAAAUUUUUAAAGUCAGAAACUUUCUUAUUAUAAAUAAUCCAACAACUGGUUGGUUAAUAAAUAAGUACGUUUGAAAUAUAAAUAUUUUGGGAGUAUUACAAAACAUAAACGCGCAGCUAAAAGGUUAAGUAGGUAGGUAAUUAAAGUGUAGGUAUAAAAAUCUUUUUUUCGAUUUCUGUUUAAAUUUGUUUAAAAUGCACCUGCAUUUGCUUUCCAUAGGGAUAAACCACAACAAACAGGUUUGUGUGGUAUAUGUUAAUAUGUGUUAAUGAUAUUCUUCAUGCAUUUUUCAGCUGGACAAUUUGGAGAUUGAUAAGUUUAUAUCCAGAUAGAGAUAAAAAUUAUUUUUGUGAAUCAUUUUCUAGUUAGCUUCCUGUGGUAUGCAUGCCAUAUUAGAUUAAAUUAUUUUACACAAUAUGUGCUAAAACAAACAAAUUAUAAGGUUGGCCUACAUGUAAAAAAUAAUAUAAUAUUCUGAACAAACUUUGAAUAUUUACAGAAUAAAAAUACUGAAAUUAUUCAGAGAAGAGUGAUUUAUUUAUUAACGUAGGUAUAUUGACAUCAUAUUUAUUUAUCACCAGACACUGAAAUAUUUGAAAAAUAUUGACUGUAAUUAGGUAUCUUGUUAAGUGUGCAAUAAAGAGUUAAACAUAUAUUUUCCUUAUAUAAAUAACUUAGUUAUUUAUUUGAAAAGUUAGUGUUAUAGAAAGCUUUUGGCUUUGUAAUAAUGUAAGCAUGCCAUAAUAUUUAUCAAGCUAUUAAAAUGUACUAUCUAGCACUUGUUAACUAAAUAGUUUUCAAUCUUAGAACAUAAUUAGAUUAAAUUAAAUAUUUUUGAAACUGCA